AUGUCAUUCACCGAAGUUCCUCCUGCAGUGGCAUCUACUUCUAUCAUAGAGCGUUUGCCCACUAUUCCCAUUCGACCUCGAGUUUUUCACAUUGUUUCACCCUUAACGGGUUCAAAAGCAACAAUUAUCACUACUGAUACAACUUCUUCGCCUAAUCAUGCACCAGUACUCAUUCAAGCUGCUCAAAGAAUAAAUCGUUCUUCAGUCGGCCAACUUUCUAGCACACGUAAACGUGUCUAUCCAUUUACUCAAGAAGCUGAUACGAAUGCUUAUCUAUCAACAUUAGCUGCUCAUCGUCAUCGUGAACGUUUAUCUAAAGGUUUAAGAUAUUUUUCGAAAAAAGUUUGCAAUAAAGUGCAAGCAAAAAAAAUUACAUCUUACAAUGAGGUCGCCACGGAACUUGUUGGUGAAUAUACAAUUGAAGAAAAACGUAAUUUACAAUUACCAGAAAAUGAAUUAGCUUAUGAACAAAAAAAUAUUCGACGACGUGUUUAUGAUGCAAUUAACGUUCUUCUAGCCAUGAAUAUUAUUACAAAAGAUAAAAAAGAUAUACGAUGGGUUGGUUUUCCAGUUAAUGCACUUUUUGAAUGUGAACUUAUUGAUAAAAAAACUAUUGAAAUCAAAGAAACUAUUCGAGAUAAAGUGCGAUUAGUCGAAGAUGCUUUAUUAAAAUUAGUAGCUCUGCGUAAUUUAAUACGAUGCAAUGAACAACGUCGACAACGGGUGCAUAUGAAUAAUAUGUGUUUAUUACCUUUUUUUGCAUUUGGUACAUCAAAUGGUGCUGCCAUUGAAAGUUCAUUUUCAAGAGAUGGUCGUGACACAAUUGUAACAUUUGAUCGUCGAGUAAAAAUUUUCAAUGAAACCGAAUGUUUACAUAAGCUUGGCUUUUCAAAAGAACUUCGUGGGGGUGUAAAAUCUCAACAUAAUAUUGAGCAAGCGCGAGCACUUUUACCAGAAGCAUUUUGGGAUUUCGCUACCGAAAUGGCUAUGUCUGGUUCAUUAAAAACACUUUUCGAAACUCGAACAUCAUCAAAUAGAAAAACUCGAACAUCAACGACUAUAAAAACACCUGUUGUAUUUGUUCCACCUUCUUUUUUCAAAGUCGAUGAUGAUCCACAAGAAGUUGAAUAUGAAGAAGAAGAAGUAUUUGAAGAAGAUGAUGAUGUUCUUUCUAUAUCAAGUGAUGAUGAUGAAAUCACUCAAUCAUGA